AUGCAUGCAGUCUGGGAAAUAUUGCUGGAUGAUGAUUUCAUUUCUGCAUACAAGCACAGCAUCAUCCUGACAUGCGCUGAUGGCAUAAAAAGACGUGUCUAUCCUCAGAUUUUUACCUAUUCUGCAGACUACUCCGAGAAGCUGACUCCGAUUGCCAGGGUUCUGCUAGCUACAUUCCGCAAUUUCGGCUCAUGUCCAUGCCCACGUUGUAAGGUCCCAAAAGAUAAGAUAUCGGACAUUGGCAUGCAGUGCGAUGAAACACGGCAUCAAAGAGAUGCCCAUAUGGAUGAUUUCCCAGCACAACGGACUACAGAAAGAGCUCGCAACUUCAUCUACAAGGACGGGCGAGGGGUGAAAAGUACUGCCGUCAAAGGGCUCCUUGCAAAGGAGUCGCUAGUCCCGACUAUGAACGCGUUUUCAAAGAAGUUAGGGCCUUGCAGCUUCAACUUUUUUGACAUGUUCGUAGUUGAUUUGCUGCACGAGUUUGAGCACGGUGUCUGGAAAGCGGUCUUUACUCACUUGAUACGUGUCCUUUAUGCAUGCAGGGGAGAUACUAUACAGCAAUUCAAUUACCGAUAUCGACAGAUUCCAACGUUUGGGUGGUCUACAAUCCGGCAUUUCUCAAACAAUGAUUUGGCCCUGAAGAAGCUUGCAGCUCGGGACUUUGAAGAUUAUCUUCAGAUUCCUAUUCAACCCAAACUGGAGAGCUUGAGCAUAGGCGAGUCAAGCGCUUCUACACCUGAACAAACAAGAACCGACCAGUUGGGCAGAUGGCACGUUUACAGUGGCGGGAGGGGCAUGUCUGCAAACACCAGCGGGGUGGAGCACUUGCCAUUCACGUCGCCCGAGGCGCAUCAUCAAAUGUCGCACUCUCGGAACUUCCCUCUGUAUUUACCGCACUGGUUGAGACAAAAUCACUCUGAUCCCACCACGAAGGACUACCUACCAAAGCUCCAAGACCACAUACUCGAGCAUCUUGCGGAUCCCAAUACAGCUUCGGAAGGAGCUCGGUUCAUGGAUGCAGAGAGGGCGCAACUCCUCAUACAAAACAAUCGCCUAUACCUACAUAAGGUGCUCCGAGUGAACUACACGACGUACAACAUCCGUCGUGGCCAAGAUUCCUUGAAUCCCCGGACCCAUAGUGAUAUACUCAUGUUGGCAUCAGAUGCGCACAAGGACGGUCAUCAUCCCUUUGCUUAUGGCCACAUCCUUGGCGUAUUCCAUGCUGAUAUCAUAAAUAAUGUUCCUGGUACCAUGCCGAAUAUCAAGACCUUCGAAUUUCUCUUCUUACAAGGUGGUUUGAAGAAGCGCAGACUACACCAGCUUCAAUUCCUGCCUGUGACGGAUCCAAAUGCAUUUGGCUUCCUUGAUCCAGAUGAGGUCAUUCGGGCGGCACACAUAAUCCCUGCUUUCGCCCAUGGUCGCAUUCCAAUUACAGAAAGGUCAACAAUUGCCCAUCCUGAUCGGGAGGAGGACGAAUGGCAAUAUUACUACGUGAACAUGCCGUAUGCCGUAGUUCCAGAUGAGCGGCUGGAUGUGGAAACAGCGAACAAAGUCAAUCUUGAGCAUGGUAGUGACUCGGGGAAAAGUAACUAUGGCUAUAACAAGAAUCAGGAGGAAGUUGAAGGUGAGGAUGGCGAUGAGGAUGCUAGUGAGGAUGAGCUUGAGGAUGGCGGUGGGGAUGAAGAGGGCAGUGAAGUCGAAGAGAUGGAGGAAGACAGGCUGCCGGUGGAUCAGGAUGACUCAGAUGAAGUUCCGGAUGAAGAGACCCAAGCAGGAUAUGCCCCACUGUAG